CCGGCACUCGCCGCCAUGGGGGCCGUGACCGACGAUGAAGUUAUCCGCAAGCGACUUCUGAUCGAUGGCGAUGGUGCUGGUGACGACAGACGGAUCAAUCUGCUAGUGAAGAGUUUUAUUAAGUGGUGUAAUUCUGGCUCUCAAGAGGAAGGUUACAGUCAAUACCAACGAAUGCUGAGUACUUUAUCCCAGUGUGAAUUUUCAAUGGGAAAAACUCUUCUGGUGUAUGACAUGAACCUGAGAGAAAUGGAAAAUUACGAAAAAAUCUACAAGGAUAUAGAAAAUAGUAUAGCUGCAGCACAUGAGAAGAUUUCUGAAUGCAAAAAACAAAUCCUGCAAGCAAAAAGGAUUCGAAAAAAUCGCCAGGAAUAUGAUGCAUUGGCCAAAGUCAUACAGCAGCAUCCAGAUAGACAUGAAACACUGAAGCAGCUAGAAGCUUUGGGAAAAGAACUGCAACAUCUUUCUCACAUUAAAGAAAAUGUUGAGGAUAAGUUGGAGCUGAGAAGAAAACAGUUCCAUGUUCUCUUGAGCACCAUCCAUGAACUUCAGCAAACCCUAGAAAAUGAUGAAAAGCUUUCAGAAGCUGAAGAAUCUCAAGAAACUCAGAUGGAAGCAGAGGCCAAACAGCAGAUGUAAUAGAAGACUACCGAUCAUGCUAUGAAGAAUAUCCAAAUGUCUUCACUUUGUAUUGAAACCAACAGUAAGAGAGAUGGAGCUGAAAAACAAUUUUCUACUGCUUCUGUGAAUUGUUUUACAAAGAUACUUGUUUUGUUUAUGCUUCAGGGGAAACCAGUUACAGAUCUGUGCAGACAGGCACUUUCUGUUAAUCCACCAACUUUCUAAUUGGUGACAAAGAUAUUUUGUUUUACAAGGGAUGAAGCUUCUGCACAGUACUUGUGAACUUGUGUUUGCAAAACACUGUCAAUAAAAGGCGUUUACAAAUAGUUUCCUAUUUUUAGUAGGCAUUG